GCCUGGAACUCAGCCCCGGGGGCACCAGACAGCCCAGGAGUCAGCAAUAUCCACUGUGGGAAGCCGGACGAUACGCCUGGGAUGGAGGAGACCAGGGACCUGGCGCAGCUGCGGCAGCUCAACCUGGAGCUCCUGAGGCAGCUGUGGGCGGGGCAGGACGCCGUGCAGCGGUCUGUGGCCAAGGCAGCCGCAGAGUCAAGCCGGGACUCCAGCAGCAGCUACAACUCAGGGGUACCAUCGUCCCGAGGGAAAUUCUCAAUGGCCCUGAGAGCCUCCUGCCCACGGGAUGCCCGCCAACGUGACUCCUGCAAUAUGUCCUCUCCUGGCGGGGCCAGCUCGGGGGUGACCUCUCUCCCACCCCCCAAAUGCCGACACCGGGAGUCCCUGAGCCCCCUGAGGCCCUGCUCGGCACCAUUGGGGGCCACCUCGGACUCAAAUGGCCCAGAGCGUUCAGCAGAGCUGGAGGCUCCGGCCUCCCGGUCCAUCCCGGGUCAGCAAAGCAAACUGCCCAAGCCAAGAGUGACCUUCAGCAAGGAGUCUUCGGUGCCUGAGGAGAGCUGGCGCUUCAGACCCUACCUGGGCUACGACUGGAUUGCAGGGUCUCUGGACAACAGCUCGCCCGUGAGCGGCGAGCCCGAGGACUUCUUCUCGAGGCUGCAGGAGUUCCGAGAAGCCAACAGGGAGGAGUGCAUCCACAGUGACCCCGAUGUCGGGCUCCCGGGCCUGUGGGAGAGCGCGGUCGCCGAGGAAGAGCACGAAUGUGUGUACUGUUACCGUGUCAACCGGCGCCUGUUUCUGGUGCCUUGGGAUCCCGGCACCCCCUGCCGUCUGUGCAGGACACCACGGGACCAGCGGGGCCCCGAGACCCUGGCGGACCCAGCGCAGGUCAGGGUGAGCAUCCCAGCAUCCGUCCUGGACCCCCCGCACCGGCACCGCAUCCACCGGCGGAAGAGCCUCGAUGCCUGCGACUCACUGGCCCUGCCCCGGCACUGUCUGCGGGGCUGGGACAUUCUCCCUCCGAGGUCCGAGGGAAGCUCUGCCCUCAAGAGCCUGGACCUCUGGUCCUGCGUUGCCUCCGAGGCCCAGCCCCAGAAGCUGUCGGUGGACCCUCACCACCCGGCUCCUGCACUUCCCGCUGGCUGCCCCGUCCACCCACGCGGGACGCUGACUCUGAGACCCAGAAGGAGAUGAGGCUGGGAUGGGGGUGACCUGCCCCCAGUGUGGCCCCCUCUGACACCACCUCCUUUACUGGCCAGGCCCUGCCACUGCGGGUUCCACCCCCCACUCUGAUCUGGUCGGGACCCUAGGUGCCCCGGCCCUGCACCCCAGCUGCAGCCCUGAGAACUGGCCGCUUGGAGGAAGACAGCGCCCCUGCCAUCGCGUCUGGCCUCGCCCUUCUGCCGGGGCGCCCAUGCUGCGAGCCCACCCGGCCUCAGCGGGAGGUGGCCCUGGCCCCGGCCCCACUCUCCUAGGUCAGGCAGGAGGGUCUCCUUCCCAGGUUCACAAAGGGGUACUUGGGUGGGAGGAGGUAAGGCCGUUCUGUGACACGUUUGGAAAUAAAGCUCAGUGUUCUCCGCAGCUCCA